AAUGCUAUGUACGCAUGCGCGAGGUGUCCAUCUUCCUUUCUCUCCAAACUGCUGCACAGGGAACUUGUGUUUCUUGCCAGCAGAACCGUCACAAUGGGACGUCGUCCAGCGCGGUGUUACCGCUAUUGCAAGAACAAGCCAUACCCGAAGUCUCGUUUCUGUCGUGGUGUGCCCGACGCCAAGAUCCGCAUAUUCGAUCUUGGUCGCAAGAAGGCAGACUGUGCAGACUUCCCCCUCUGUAUCCAUUUGGUGUCGGACGAAAUUGAACAGAUUGGCAGUGAAGCCCUUGAGGCCGCACGUAUCUGUGCCAACAAGUACCUUGUGAAGCAUGCUGGUAAGGAUCAGUUCCACAUGAGAGUGCGGGUCCAUCCCUUCCACGUCCUGCGUAUCAACAAGAUGUUGUCGUGUGCCGGUGCUGAUCGUCUUCAGACCGGAAUGCGUGGUGCUUUCGGAAAGCCCCAGGGUACCGUUGCUCGUGUGAAGAUUGGACAGCCCCUCCUGUCCAUCCGUACCCGUGAUGUCCACAUGGCCAAGGCCAUUGAGGCUCUCCGUCGUUCCAAGUUCAAGUUCGCUGGUCGCCAGAAGAUCUACAUGUCCAAGAAGUGGGGAUUCACCAAGUACCCGCGUGAGAACUUCGAGGCCAAGACUGCUGCUGGCAUCUAUGAACCAGACGGUGUCCAUUGCCAGUACAAGCCCGACCACGGUCCCCUGGCUGCAUGGAAGAAGCGUAUGGCCUCCAGGCAUUAAGCGCGUUCUUUCCUGUUCUUGAAGCCACCAACAACCAGCUUGCCACUACCAUCACAACAGCAACGAGAGAAAUAAACAAUUGGAAAAGAAAAUAAUCUGUGCUUUUUGUGUGCGUGUCUGUGUGUUUGUCUUGCAUGCUGCAUCUUCACUAGUGCACUCUGACUUUCUUUUGUAGACGUUGUACAGCUGCUCAAAGGCUUCUAAUGGCAGAGUAUUGAAAACCAAGAAUGUGCAGCUCUGA